CGUGACGUCAGAGGGCUCGGGGGAAGGAGUCGGAAUCCGCCCAGGCUCAAGUUAAAUCAUCCUCCAGGGAGCCGACUCUGGAGUCUCUGGCUGGCCCGGUUUCUACUGUUAACAGGUCCCACCCCGCAAUCCCGGCGGCUCCAUGGUGUGCCGGAACCCGUUCGGGCGGAGGCGGAGGCGGCGCCGGCAGUCGCCCGGCUCGUCCAGCGCCUUUUCGGUCACGGCCAUGGCUCCUCGGCUGCAGCUGGAGAAGGCGGCCUGGCGCUGGGCGGAGACGGUGAGGCCCGAGGAGGUGUCGCAGGAGCACAUCGAGACCGCCUACCGAAUCUGGCUGGAGCCGUGUAUCCGAGGCGUGUGCAGAAGAAACUGCAGAGGAAAUCCGAAUUGCUUAGUUGGGAUUGGUGAGCAUAUCUGGUUAGGAGAAAUAGAUGAGAAUAGUUUUCAUAACAUUGACGAUCCCAACUGUGAGAGGAGGAAGAAGAAUUCGUUUGUGGGCCUGACUAACCUGGGAGCCACCUGCUAUGUCAACACCUUUCUCCAGGUGUGGUUUCUCAACCUAGAGCUUCGACAGGCGCUGUACUUAUGCCCAAGCACCUGUAGUGACUACACAAUGGGAGAUGGUGUCCGUGGAGGAAAAGAUUAUGAGCCUCAGACAAUUUGUGAGCAUCUACAGUACUUGUUUGCUUUGCUGCAAAACAGUAACAGGCGAUACAUUGAUCCUUCGGGGUUUGUUAAAGCCUUGGGCUUGGAUACUGGACAGCAGCAGGAUGCCCAAGAGUUUUCCAAGCUCUUUAUGUCGCUGUUGGAAGACACUUUGUCUAAACAGAAGAACCCAGAUGUUCGGAACAUCGUGCAACAGCAGUUCUGUGGGGAGUAUGCCUAUGUGACUGUUUGCAAUCAAUGUGGCCGAGAGUCUAAGCUUUUAUCAAAAUUCUAUGAACUGGAGUUAAACAUCCAAGGCCACAAGCAGUUAACAGACUGCAUCUCCGAAUUCCUGAAGGAAGAAAAAUUAGAAGGAGACAAUCGAUACUUCUGUGAGAACUGUCAAAGCAAACAGAAUGCUACAAGGAAAAUUCGACUUCUAAGCCUCCCAUGCACUCUCAAUUUGCAGCUGAUGCGUUUUGUGUUUGACAGGCAAACCGGACACAAGAAGAAGCUCAAUGCCUAUAUCGGCUUCUCGGAGAGUCUGGAUAUGGAGCCAUAUGUGGAGCACAAAGGUGGGCCGUUUGUGUAUGAACUCAGUGCGGUCCUCAUCCACAGAGGAGUGAGUGCUUAUUCUGGCCACUACAUUGCCCACGUGAAAGAUCCUCAGUCUGGAGAAUGGUACAAGUUCAAUGAUGAGGACAUAGAGAAGAUGGAGGGGAAGAAAUUACAACUGGGGAUUGAGGAAGAUCUAGCAGAGCCUUCUAAAUCCCAGACCCGCAAACCUAAGUGUGGCAAAGGAACUCACUGUUCUCGAAAUGCAUACAUGUUGGUUUAUAGACUGCAAACCCAGGAAAAAAACCACACAAUGGUUCAAGUCCCAGCCUUUCUUCAAGAGCUGGUAGAUCGGGACAAUUCCAAGUUUGAGGAGUGGUGUGUUGAAAUGGCCGAGAUGCGCAGGCAGAGUGUGGACAAAGGCAGAGCGAAACACGAGGAGGUGAAGGAGCUGUACCAAAGGUUGCCUGCUGGAGCUGAGCCCUAUGAGUUUGUCUCUCUUGAAUGGCUGCAAAAGUGGUUAGAUGAAUCGACACCCACCAAACCUAUUGAUAAUCAUGCUUGCCUAUGUUCACACGACAAGCUUCAUCCAGACAAAAUAUCAAUUAUGAAGAGAAUAUCAGAAUAUGCAGCUGACGUUUUCUACAGUCGAUAUGGAGGAGGUCCACGACUAACUGUGAAAGCCCUGUGUAAGGACUGUGUUGUAGAACGCUGUCGUGUACUGCGCCUGAAGAGCCAACUGAAUGAAGACUACAAAACCGUCAACAAUUUGCUGAAAGUAACAAUGAAGGGCAAUGAUGGAUUCUGGGUGGGAAAGUCGUCUUUACGCAGCUGGCGCCAGCUGGCUCUUGAACAACUAGAUGAGCAAGAUGGUGAGGCGGAGCAAAGCAACGGGAAGAUGAACGGGAGCCCCUUCAAUAAAGAUGAAUCAAAGGAAGAAAAGAAAGAAGAGGAGGAGGAAUUAAAUUUUAAUGAAGACAUCCUGUGUCCUCAUGGGGGGUUAAGCAUAUCUGAAAAUGAAAGGAGGCUCGUUUCUCAAGAGGCUUGGAGCAAACUGCGGCAGUACUUCCCAAAGGCUCCUGAGUUCCCAAGUUACAAAGAGUGCUGCUCACAAUGCAAGAUUUUGGAACGAGAAGGGGAAGAAAAUGAAGCCUUACAUAAAAUGAUCGCAAACGAACAGAAGACCUCACUCCCGAAUUUGUUCCAGGACAAAAACAGACCGUGUCUCAGUAACUGGCCAGAGGAUACGGACGUUCUCUAUAUUGUGUCACACUUCUUUCUAGAUGAAUGGCGCAAGUUUGUUAGAAAGCCUGCAAGGUCUACUCCUGUGUCAUCCAUUGGAAACACUGCCCUUCUGUGUCCGCAUGGAGGACUCAUGUUUACAUUUCCUUCCCUCACCAAAGAAGAUUCGAAACUCUGUCAACCUUUAGAGAGAAGAGAAGGAGGCUGGCCCCCUGCAGCACAUAAUAAUAUAGCUCUCAUAUGGCCCAGUGAAUGGCAAAUGAUUCAAAAGCUCUUUGUUGUGGAUAAAGUAAUUAAAAUCACAAGAAUUCAAGUGGGAGACUCUUCUGAAACACAGUAUAUUUCUGAGCCUAAUCUCUGUCCAGAUUGCAGAGAAGGCCUGCUAUGCCAGCAGCAGAGGGACCUUCGAGAAUAUACCCAAGCUACCAUCUAUGUCCACAAAGUUGUGGACAACAAAAAGGUGAUGAAAGACUCAGCUCCGGAGUUGAAUGUGAGUAGUUCCGAGACAGAAGAGGACAAGGAAGAAGCUAAGCCAGAUGGAGAGAAAGACCCGGACUUUAAUCAAAGCAAUGGAGGUGCCAAGCGGCAGAAGACGUCUCAACAGGGCUACGUGGCCUACCAGAAGCAGGUCAUCCGGCGGAGCACGAGGCACAGAAAGGUGCGAGGGGAGAAGGCACUGCUGGUGUCAGCCAAUCAGACGUUAAAGGAACUGAAGAUUCAGAUCAUGCAUGCAUUUUCAGUCGCUCCCUUUGACCAGAAUUUGUCAAUUGAUGGAAAGAUUUUAAAUGAUGACUGUGCCACCCUUGGUACCCUCGGCGUCAUUCCUGAAUCUGUCAUUUUACUAAAGGCUGAUGAGCCAAUUGCAGACUAUGCUGCAAUGGAUGAUGUCAUGCAAGUUUGUAUGCCGGAAGAGGGGUUUAAAGGUACGGGUCUGCUUGGACAUUAAUCUUUGACCACUUGCUGACUGCCAAGGAAUAACCAGAAAGGAAGAGGAAUUUGACAUGUUAGGGCAUUAAAGAAAAAGUGGAUUUAAAAAUUAAACUAUUACCUGGCUCUUCCAAAAGGCAAAAAUCUAUUCAAAGAGACUGUCCCUAUUGCCUUAUGUCAAAUAAAGCAGAUUGCACUGAUGGACGUCAGAGCUGAAGGAGAUGUUUCAGAUUUUCUGUGUAAGAGGUGCUGGGAGGGGGGCGAGUAAGCAGAGUAGCAGGAAGAGUAAAUCAUGUUUACACGAGAUUUGGAGCCACAGGAGGGAGCAGAGUCCCGGUCAGUUUCAUGCAGUAGUGGAUUUGUGUGGAAGUGCAUGGGAUAGCGUCCUGCUCUGAACUCCAAGUGACUGUCUAGAGACACGACCUGCUAAUCAAUACCUGUCUUUGACCCAUACUCACCUUUCAAUAAAGCAUGGAAGUGAAGAAUUUGCCAGUGUGGAACAUGUCUUCAGAGCUCUACUGCAGGUCAGCCAUAGUCCUGCCGCCCGAUCGAUGUGUGGCGGUGCUGGGUAGGAGGGCACCUUUGUGCUUUCCUUGUCAAAUGGGCACCAUCGUUUCCGAGGUGAUGGGUAAUGUUCAGUGUGUGGCAGUGAAGCAAAUAUUCCCUGAACAUUGGCAGAAGGACUGAAGAGUGCGAGCUGGACUGACGCUCAGCAGGACAGUACGGGCCUCCCCUCCUCCAGCUCCAGUUCCCGGACCUCACUUUGAAAAGCGUCCUUCUGACAUCCCUUAGAGGGGCAUUUGAGAGAAGAUGCAGGGUGUGCUGUCUCCUCCAACUCAGGACUACUGUUGGCAGUGAAUAGUCUAAGCAGCAUCCGGAUCUGCAGGAACAGGGGUUUUAAUGGAGCGUGAGGCUGGGGUUGGGUUGGGAAGGUUGGCCGUUUGUAUUUUCUCUGUUGAGUAGGUAUGGAUGUUUGUGGCCCAGAUGCUGACACAGGCUUUUCCCCCCCCCCCUUUUUUUUUUAACCUCUAGUUUAAAAGGUUUUAAACCUCUUUGCUUAACUUAUAAAAAGAGCCGAUCUCAACAUUAGUAGCAUCUUUUGAUAGCUCCCCGUCAGUGUUCAUGGCUGCUAGGUAAAACUCCAGUGUAGUGUUUGUGUCUGCAGUGAAGAGUUGGUGUGCUAGAGGAGGUGAAGAGCCCUGUGCAGGGCCGGAAGAGUUACACACCUUCCACACUUCCCGGAAAGCUACCCUAGGAGCCCAUGCCUGGGAACACUUGGACUCAAGUGACCUGUGUUUCCAGUUCUGUCCUUUUGAACACCACGGAAAUGGGACCAAGCCUCACUCAAAAGAGCUCUUUCCCAAGGCCACGACACUUAAAAGGUCACCAAGUGUUUGACAAAUGACCUUUACAUCCUUGCAAAGAAGCCUGGAGCCAGUGGCUCUGUGACAAGGCACUGGCAGAGUCUCAGCGUCACACACAGGUGGUGGUGGGCAUAAGUGACAAAAGGUUUCUCCCCUCUUCCUGGGAUUGGAUGCCGACGAGCCAGUAGUUGUAGAAAUCUGAUAGGCUUUUCCCAGGUUGCAGUGGACGGCUUGGAAGGUUUGUUGCAUAGGCAGCCUCCGUUUCUUUACAUCAUGUUAACAAAGGAACAACCAUUAACUGAGGCAGACGCAGGUGGGGUAGACCCAGUUUCAGCGACUCCGUGCUUCCACUCCGACUCCCCGCAAACUCAGCCAUCGUCCCUCACACUGCAGAGUCUUAUUGGAGCUGCAGCCCAGGCCCCAGAAAGAAGGCCACUCCCGAGCAGCUUGGAAUCCCUGGGCUGCUGCUUCUUCACAGCUUGAAGUAGACAAAUUUUGGAGAAAAUGCACGUGUAUUUAACAGUUCCUGCUUACUAAUACGUGCUGUUUGGUUGGCUUCUGAGAUGGGGUGGCCUUAAAACAUAGGCUAGCUGUUCUACUGGGUUCUAAAUGGCAUUAAGUGGGUUCUAAAAAGCUGCUUUCAGAAAUGGCAUUAAACCAGAUUAUGAUACUCUAUAGGCUUCUCCUUUGUUUCCUUUUUCUUUCCCAGACAGGGACUCCUGUAACCAGGUUGGCCUCAGACUCACUGUAACAGGAUACCCUUGAACUUCUGAUCUUCCUACUUCCUCCCAGGUGCUGGGAUUGCAGGCAUAUGGCCACUGACAGGUUUCCUGUGGUGCGCUGAGACCUGAGCACAGGGCAUCGUGCAGGCUAGACAAAUACUCUGCUUACUGACCUACAUCCCCAGCUCCCGUCUGUAUUUCUGAUCAUUCUUUAAUCCCAAGCAAAUGUGUAGAGUUCCCUAUGCUGAAACGGUUAUUGCCACUACCAGACAUGUAGGCUAUCAUUUGAUGUCUUCAUUCCCUGAGAGAACUUUGUUUUCUGUAUUUAUGAACUUUAUUGUUGAGAAUCACUGUCAACCUUUCUGCCAAAUUAAAGACACUUGUCUCUUUCCACGGA